AUGCAAUUUUCCGUUCGAUUAUUGGUGGAGUAUUGCGGUGCAUCUUCUGCAUAUUUUUUGCGAACACUUGCACCAUUGGAUAUUAACAUUGAGAUUCACUUAUUUAAUCAGGGCACCAUCGGAGGGCGACUAACAACUAUUCAGAUGCCGUAUAGCGAUCAGAAACGUAUAUUUGAGGCCGGUGGCAGUGUUUUGCAUCCUGCUAAUCUUUAUUUCAAAAAUUGGAUGGAAAAUUUUGGCAAGGCGACUAAACAAUAUACUGUGGAUGCAAUAGUAAUGGCAUUGUCGAGCCACCUCGCAAAAUUGAUAAGACAGUGGAGGAGACUAACUGGAUCUGUAUCUGGGCUUUACUCGGUUAAUGGUUCAAACAAACUCAUUGUCGAGAAACUGAUGGACUUUUCGAAAGUUAAAUUGAUUAGGAGACUCUACGUGCAAAACACUGGUUACUGUCUGAGAAUGAAUGAUAUGUUGACUGCGGUGAUUGUAUGUAGCAACAGACAGAUUCCACCUGUUGAUGAUUAUGAAGGAAAUGAGUCCUCUCCAAAAACGGGUUCAAAUAAAAUAUGGAAAUUAUUUUCAAGCUUCAUUUCUGGCUUAUCCAGAAUGCAAGAAAUAUUCCGUAUCGCCAAAAAUAUCUGUUUCGUGAACGCAGUGGAAUGGUUAGCAAGUACUGUCGGAAUGAGUGCAAUCGGUAAUCAUAACUGCGUCGAUAUGCUUUUGAGGGAUUUCGGACUUGUCGAUGUUAAUAAAACUACAAAAAUGGAACUAUGA